GUUUAGAAACAGAAACUCUUCAGAUGACAUUACUCUUUCUGGAAGGAAGAACCUCAAGUUAUUCUUAUUCCAAAAUAUCAAACCAACAGUCUCUCUUUUCAGGUCUUGGAAACUGGCUGUGUAAAACUGCUUAAAAAGACUGUGACGGGAGGAGAGAAGAGCUGCAGAACCACAUGUAACAUGGUGCUAAAGGAAUCGCCCACAACAAGGAUCAUGGGUUACUCAUCUUUUGAAUGUAUAAAGAAUCCUUGGAUUGAUGACAAUCUGAAGUUCAUUUCAAAUGAACAUGAAGUUAACAUUCCACUAAUUUCAAAAGACCCAGAUUCUCUUUCCAAUCUAAAUCAAUUAGAAGAAGAUGACAAUGCUUCUUCAGGAUCUGAUGAUUCCUACCAUUCCUGCAAUCUAACCAUUCCAUCUAAAAAAGACAAACAAGUUUUUUUCAACAUUCUGAAACAUUUCCUUGAAGAUCAGAGCAUCUUACAAGAAGGCAAUGAGGAAGAACGUUGGUGUGACAAAAGCAAACUGAAGUUAAAAUAUAUGGGAAGAAAGUGCAACGCACUCAUUCUGGAUGGAGAUGGGAAUGAAUUAUGGGAGGGAAUAAUAGAAACAAAACAUAUAUACCUCAACUGGAGGGGUGAUGAGGUAGAACCUCUAAGCUUAGAGAAUCUCCAAAGUGUGCAGAAUAAAUUAAAAUUCCUUGGAAUUCAAAACAAGAAAGUGUGUGAUUGCUUCUCGCUGGCUAGAGCCCAAUUUAUGGAAGAGCCAAACUGGGUGCAGGAGAAUAUGAAACUGAAAAUAAUUUGCUGUGAAGUUAUUCUGACCUUUGGUAAAGGAAAGAACUUGGCCACGGUUCUUUAUGAUGACAUCAAGAAAAUACCGAAGUACAAUAUGGAAAUGGCACAUUGGUAUACCAAGUUGUACAGGUCCCUCAGGUUUCUUUCUGAUUGGUUGGUCACAUUUUUUAGAAGCAAUUCUAAAUUUUUUUCUCAUAUUGGAUCUUUCUUACAAUGUGUUUACCAAUUUCUAUCACUGUGCAGUAAAUACAAACAGCUGUGACCAGUAUUUCUGUGUUUCUAGUUCAAAUUAACAAGAGGAUGGUUCUUUUGUGUUAGCCAUUUUCUGAAAAUCCUUUAACUUUCUGCAAUAUUAUUUGUACCUGCUAUCAGAAAAAGGAUGUUCCCGUUUGCUCUUAAAUACUUGGGUUGUUUUUUUUUUGUUUUUUGUUUUAAAAGCAAAUUGAAGAAUUAAGUAGGAGGAAUUGAACUCUGCAGGCACCACAGUGGCUGUUUCUUCUAACAGAAGUAGCUAUGUUGAUAACUUUUCAAUGAUGAGUUGACGACUACAGAUCUACAGAAAAACAGAGUUGGA